AUGGGCUCCCGUUGGUGGCUGCACGUCCAGGCCGUCUUCUGGCGGUUCCUGAUGCGUAUCGGCAUGUUCCUGCACGACCUCACGCCCCCGCGCUGUCCGAGCCCAUCUUUCACCCGCACCGUCGAGUCCGAUGCGCAUGGCCAUCCCGUGGUCAUCCAUUUCUACGUUCCAUCCGACUAUCAUGAAAAGCGGCGCCGCGGCCACAGAUUCCCCAUCCUGGUCAAUUUCCAUGGCGGCGGCUUUACCCUCGGAUGCGCUACCGAUGACUCCCGGUGGUCGACCAUGGUCGUCAGCCAGGUCGGGGCGGUGGUCGCCAGUGUGAGCUACCGUCGGGCACCCGAGCACCCCUUUCCGGCCGCGGUGGAUGAUGGCGUCGACGCCCUACUCUAUCUCGCAGGCCAUGCAGCCGACCUAGGCCUGGAUGCCAGCCGUAUAGCGCUGAGCGGGUUCUCAGCCGGCGGCAACUUGGCCGUGACGGUGCCGCUGCGUUUGCGAGAUCGGCUGUCGACGGAGGUUAAGGAACACUUUGGUCGGGCUGACUCGACACAACGCCUUGUGGACCAAACCAACGAUCUCAACAUUGUGGCGCUGUUUUCCUGGUAUCCUAUUCUUGACUUUCUCGAAUCUCGCGAUCAUCGCCGGGCGAUGAGUCUGAUGCCGGACAAAACCCUUCCUGCCUUCUUCACCACCCUCUUUGACGAAUCUUACCUCCCCGAUCUCAACGAUCGGUCAUCGGCCUUUGCAUCGCCGGUCCGCGCCUCCGACCGUAUUCUAUUGGAGGCUCUGCCUCGCGACAUUUUCCUAUAUAUCUGUGAAUGGGAUAUGCUCAUGAAGGAAGGUCAAAUCUUUGUCCGUCAUUUGGAAGGUCUGGGCAAGCGUGUUCGUGCUAUGAUGAUUGAAAAAGCUCGACACGCUUGGGACAAGUCGCCAAACCCAUUUCGUGAUCAGGACAGUGUCAACGUACUGUACCGCGAUGCCUGUGCGGAGAUGAAGGCAAUCUUCGAUCGGUAA